AUGGCCAAACUCACAGACUUCAAGCUCCUUUCAUUCGACGUCUAUGGCACGCUCAUAGACUGGGAAAGUGGAGCUUUGAUCGGACUUGAGCCCCAUUUGAAGAGAUCCGGCAAAGAAGACAUUGACCGUAAGCAACUCUUGAAAACCAUGCACGAGAUCGAGGCUCGCGUCGAGAGGGAACAAGGCCACCUCAAGUACUCCGAGGUACUUGCUAAAGUCCUCCCUGAGCUGUGCUCGACAGUCGGGCUGCAGAAGCCCAGCGAAGAAGAAUGCACAAAGUUUGGCGCGAGCAUUGGCGAUUGGCCCGGAUUCCCCGACAUACCUUCUGCACUGGAGCGGCUCUCCAAGUUCUACAAGUUAGUCGUCUUAUCCAACGUCGACCACGACUCGUUCAAGAGGGGCAAUGCAAAUGGUCUCAAGGGCUACAAAUUCGACGCCGUAUACACAGCCCAGGACAUUGGAUCUUACAAGCCUGAUCCCCGGAACUUUGAAUACAUGCUUGCACAUGUCAAGGAGGAGUUUGGCGUGGAGAAGCACGAGGUGCUGCAGACGGCGCAGUCGCAGUAUCAUGAUCACCACCCCGCCAAGGAUAUGGGGAUCAAGAGUUCGUGGAUCUAUCGACCUGGGGCUGUCAUGGGGAACCGCGAUGAUCCGGUGUAUACGUGGAAGUUUGACACGCUUGCGGAUAUGGCGGAUGCGGUGGAGAAGGAAUUUGCAGCGCUGGGACGAUGA